AUGCCCUCCUGGGCCCUCUUGGUGGUCACCUCCUGCCUCCUCCUGGCUCCCCCAAACCUGGCACAAGUCACCAGCCAAGAUGCCUCCUUGCUGGCCUUGGACUCAGAGCCUCUGAACUGUUUUUCUCAAACAUUUGAGGACCUCACUUGCUUCUGGGAUGAGGAAGAGGCAGCACCCAGUGGAACAUACCAGCUGCUGUAUGCCUACCCAGGGGAGGAGCCCCGUGCCUGCCCCCUGAGUUCCCAGAGUGUGUCUCCCGUUGGAAUUCGUUAUGUGUGCCAGUUUCCAGCCCAGGAUGAAGUUCGUCUCUUCUUCCCACUGCACCUCUGGGUGAAGAACGUGUUCUUGAACCAGAAUCUGACCCAGCGGGUGCUCUUUGUGGACAGCGUGGGCCGACCAGCUCCCCCCAAUAUCAUCAAGGCCAUGGGCGGGAGCCAACCAGGGGAACUUCAGAUCAGCUGGAAGGCCCCAGCUCCUGAAAUCAGUGAUUUCCUGAGGCAUGAACUCCGCUAUGGCCCCAAGGAUCCCAGGAACUCCACUGGUCCCACAGUCAUGCAGUUGCUGUCCACAGAAACCUGCUGCCCAGCUCAGUGGAGGCCAAACCCAGCCCCAGCUCUGGACCAGACUCCAUGUGCACAGCCCCAACAGGAUGGACUAGAGCAGACCUCCCUAACUAGAGAAGCUCCGUCUCUGACAGUGAGGAGUGGAAGCUGCCUCAUCUCAGGGCUCCAGCCUGGGAAUUCCUACUGGCUCCAGCUGCGCAGUCAACCUGAUGGGGUCUCCCUCCAUGGCUCUUGGGGACCCUGGUCCCACCCUGCGACUGUGGACCUGCCUGGAGAUGCAGUGGAAAUUGGACUACAAUGCUUUACCCUGGACUUGAAGAAUGUUACCUGUCAGUGGCAGCAACAGGACCAUGCUAGCUCCCAAGGCUUCUUCUAUCACAGCAGGCCAUGGUGCUGUCCCAGAGACAGAGACCCCAUCUGGGAGAAGUGUGAAGAGGAGGAGAAAAAUCCAGGAUUACAGCCCUCCCAGGUCUCCCGCUGCCACUUCAAGUCACGAAAUGACAGUGUUAUUCACAUCCUUGUGGAGGUGACCACAGCCCAGGGUGCUUUUCACAGCUACCUGGGCUCCCCUUUCUGGAUCCAUCAUGCUGUGCGCAUCUCCACUCCAAACUUGCACUGGAGGGAGGUCUCCAGCGGGCAGCUGGAACUGAAAUGGCAGCACCCAUCAUCCUGGGCCGCCCAAGAGACCUGCUAUCAGCUCCGAUACACAGGAGAAGGCCAUCAGGACUGGAAGAGAUAUGAGAGCCUGAGGCAUGCCCUGUGGCCCUCACUGCCAGACCUACACCGGGUCCUAGGCCAGUACCUUCGGGAUACUGCAGCCCUGAGUCCGCCCAAGGCUGCAGUCUCAGAUGUCUAUGAAGAAGUGGAACCCAGCCUCCUUGAAAUUCUACCUAAGUCCUCAGAGAAGACUCCCUUGCCCCUAUGUUCCUCCCAGACCCAGAUGGACUACCGAGGAUUGCAGCCCGCUUGCCUGGGGACCAUGCCCCUCUCUGUGCAACUGCCCACGGCUGAGUCGGGAUCCUACUGCACCACUCACAUUGCCAACCAUUCCUACUUACCACUGACCUGUUGGCAGGCUCCUCACUCCCAGUACCCUGGACAGAACCAAACCCUCUAGUAGACCUUUCUUCCCACCCUUUCUACCUACCCCACCCCACCCCACCGCCACACCAUACACAUCUCAGACCUCACUUCCAUCCUCUUUGUUGACCCUUGUAGCUGGGUUUCACAACACUGAUCUUGCAAUACUGCUGCUGACAAAAAUCCAGGAGCCUCUUUCCUCAGGCAAGGCUCAUUUAUUUGACUAAGCUCUAAUUUCCACCUUCUUUCUCUCACCUCUUUAAUGCCACACUUCCCCACUUCUCAUUUGCUUUUUGGACUACUUCAAUGAGUACUUCUACUACAAAUUUGCUAAUGAAACUGCCCAGGCAACGUUCAUCUCAAACUUUCUAAUUGCAAGAUCCAAUAGGAUCUUGUUAACCCUCUAUUUAUCUGAUCUCUCUGUGGCAUUUGCCACAGUGACUACUUGUUUCUCCUUUAAAUUCUCUCCUACCUUGGCUUCUAUGAUAUCACGGUCUCUCCUGGUUUUGUUCCUCUAGUAGUUGAGAACACAAACUCUGGAGUCAGCACUGAGUUCAAUUCCUGUCAUUCCACUUACUAGCUGUGGCCAAAUAAAGUCUUUGAGCCUUAGUUUCUCAUCUAUAAAACAGGGGUAAUGGAACCCUACAGAGUUGUGAAGAGGAUUAAGUGAGAUAAUCUAAGCACAGUGCCUAGGAUAUAGUGUUUCAUAUAUCUGAAUGGUCAUAAUUAUUCUUUCUUGUUCUCUUAGCCUGGCAUCUCUUCUACUCCUUUUUAGAAGUCUCUCAGAGUCCAUUCUUUUUAUUUAUUUUUUGUUUGUUUGUUUUAGUUAAUCCUCACCCAAGGAUAUUUUU